UGACAUCAUCGCAGUAUGUCGAUAUUCCGUCAGCUAGAUACGCUCAGUCCGCAAAUCUUAUUAACGACAAAAUAUAUUUUGUUGGAGGGUGGAAUAAUGAAAAAACUUUUCAAAUUGAUGUUUUCUAUUUGGAUUUAGUUGCAUAUUUUGGAAUAGACAAUUUGCCAUUUAAACGGAUUAAUCUUAAUCCGCCGCUCUUUAUUGCAUGGCAUACUGCUAAUUUAAACGAAUUGACCAUACAAUCAUUUCCAUUGAGUAAUAAUGGACCUUCGGCUCGAAGAAGCUUAAACUCGGUAAUUGAUAACAUUGGAACAAUUUAUGUUUUUUCUGGAUCAAAUCAAACGGAUUCUGGACCAACUCGUGAUAAUUUAGAUACAACAAUGUAUAAAUUAAAAGUGGCCCAAAACACAUGGUCAGCUGUACCAUAUACAUGUAUCAGAUCUGUGGAUACAGCUUUAAUGUCGGCAUUUGAUUAUACCGAUACUGCCACAUUAUACGUAUGGAUUUAUAAUACAAAAACUGAUAAAUGGGAGUUUAAGAAUUGUUCAGGAGUUGAUGUUAAAGAGCGUGCUUCACAUAGUGCUGUUUUGGGACCAGAUCGAUCAACUAUAAUCAUCUAUGGAGGAUACAGUCCUAUACCUCUCACUAAUGGUCAAGCUCUCUUUAUUCUGGAUGCGAAGAAGUGGAGGUGGUCAAAACCGAAUAUUAAUAAUCCUCCAGUGAUUCGGCAUGGACAUACUGCGACUAUGUAUAAUAAUUAUAUGAUAGUUGCAUUUGGAGCACAGCAAGAAGACGAUAAGAGUGUUCCAAUCUCUAAAAAUGUAAUAAGCAUCCUCGACACAAAUAACAAUUCAUAUAGUUGGGUCGAACAAUUCAAAAUAAGAGAUAUCAUACAAACACCUAGCGAGUCCGCCACUCCUUCUCCGACCACUACAAAUCCAGCACAAACACCAGUUCCCGAAACAUCACAACGUUUAGGUAUCAUUAUUGGAAGUAUGAUUGGCAGUGCUGUUGUUAUAAUAGUUUCUGUUAUUGUUGGCGUGUUCUUUUAUCGACGAAGACGGGAGAAACAAAUGACUGUGGAAGGCCAUAUUCAUUUUCCGCAAGUACGUGGUUGA